GAUUCGUGUUUAAUUCAUUUCAGGACAAUCAAAAGUCAGCGGUUUAUAUUUCUGUUGACCGAUGGAGGAUGGGGGAUCAUGUAAUGGCGCUCUGAAGCUGAAGUGAGUUCUUCUCCGGGAAUAGCUCUCGCUUUUGGUUCCUUGAAACCCUAACAGAAUGGAUUCACCAUCUUCACCUCCUGUUAAAGCUCCUGAUGCUCAACCUGCCGCUUCUACUGGACAAGAUACUCCUGCUGCUUCUACUGGGCACGAUACUGCACAAGAUGCCCAGUCCCUUCUGUCUGCUUCUGGCAUAUCAUCAUGGGCUAGAAGUCUCAAAAUUUCACAACCUUCGACAGCUGGGCAAGAGGACUUGAAUGCUGGGAAGUCGACAUUUUCGCGUUUCACCAGUGGAUUUGGAAUGCGCUCAUCUCCUAGAGCUCCUUUGCCAGAUGAGAGUGCUGAUGGUGCCUCAACAACUGCACAGCCUGGUGUUUUUGGGUCUUUAACAAGAGGGUUAGUUGACUCAUCUAUGAGCGCUGUGAAGGCUGUGCAGCUGAAGGCUCGACAUAUUGUUUCCCAAAACAAACGAAGGUAUCAGGAAGGAGGAUUUGAUUUGGAUAUGACUUAUAUCACUGAGAAUAUUAUUGCUAUGGGGUUCCCUGCUGGUGAUAUGAGCUCUGGUUUUUUUGGAUAUUUUGAGGGGUUUUACCGAAACCAUAUGGAAGAAGUGAUCAAGUUUUUUGAGACUCACCACAAGGGAAAUUACAAAGUUUACAAUCUGUGUUCAGAGAGGCUGUAUGAUGCAUCAUUAUUUGAGGGGAAGGUUGCAUGUUUUCCAUUUGAUGAUCACAACUGCCCACCACUUCAGCUCAUAUUAUUAUUUUGUCAAAGUGCGUACUCAUGGUUGAAAGAAGACAUUGAAAAUGUGGUUGUCGUGCACUGCAAGGCUGGUAUGGCAAGAACUGGAUUAAUGAUUUCUAGCCUUCUUCUAUACCUGAAGUUCUUUCCCACAGCUGAGGAGUCGAUUGACUACUACAAUCAGAAAAGGUGUUUGGAUGGGAAGGGGCUAGUUCUUCCAAGUCAGAUUAGGUAUGUCAAAUACUUUGAGCGCAUUUUAACGUACUUCAAUGGAGAAAAUCAACUUGGACGUAGGUGCAUGCUCAGGGGAUUUCGACUUCAUCGGUGUCCUUACUGGAUUAGGCCUUCAAUAACCGUCUCUGAUCAUAAUGGAGUUCUCUUCUCUACGAAGAAGCAUCCAAGAACAAAGGAUCUGAUGCCAGAAGAUUUCUGGUUUACUGCACCGAAGAAAGGAAUAAUGGUCUUUGCUUUGCCAGGGGAGCCUGGUCUUACUGAAGUGACCGGAGACUUCAAAAUCCAUUUUCAUGACCGCCAAGGAGAUUUCUACUGUUGGUUGAAUACAACAAUGACAGAAAACAGAAAAAUAUUGAACACCGCAGAUCUUGAUGGGUUUGACAAGAGGAAACUUCCUUCGCCAGGAUUCCAGGUUGAGGUUGUGAUGAUUGACUAUGAUGGCACUAUCCCAACAAUGCCCAACCCUGAAACUGCCAAUAAGCCAUCCGAUGGAAGUGCAGGCACUGUUCCAACCCCGGCAGAUGGUGGUGCUGUGACUCCUGACCCAAGAAAAGGUUCUGGAGGCCAAGCUAAGGAUGAUGUGUUCUCAGACAAUGAGGCCGACGAGAGCGGGUCUUCAGAAGGCAGGCAAGACCAAUCAGUUUCUCAUGUAGGAGGACAUGCUACGACCAGUGGUGGGCAUCCUGAAACUAGGACUACUCAAGACCAGAUUGCAGCUGUGACGCAUGGGACCGAACAAGUUUCACUGAGAAGUGAGGGAACCACCCAAAUCCCAUCUGCUAGUGAAGUGAAAACUGAUGGUGGUGGUGUUGGUGUGUCAGGUGUCGAGGUGCCUAAAAUGGACUCAAAUGACUUCAAAGCAAUUUCUGCGGAUGCUUCUGUUUUUACUUUCGGAGAUGAUGAGGAUUACGAAAGUGAAUGAAGAACCAGGGAGAAUAUCAAUGGUCUGGCAUCGAGUCUAAUAUGUACAUAAGUGUUCUGUAUGUGCACAUCCCUCCUGGAUAUUGAUGUUCAAUUCAAUUUCUUUAUUGCAUUUCUACACAAAUUUCCAGAUUGAUUGAACCCUAAUGCUGUAUGAUACAUGGGAACCCAGGAGCUGUUAGCUCGCUUUAGGAAGGAACUCAUAAUUGAUCAUCGUGUACAUUAUUAUUAUU